AUGAACGGAACCAUUAUCACUGUAGUUGGUGAACUUGAUGUUGAGGAAGAAUGCAUCAUAUCAUGCUUUACUCCCAAGAUUGGUUCACUAGUAAAGAAAACCCCGUCAACCCAAGCUUCAUUCAAGACUUUAUUAUAUGUUGGGCUCUUCUUCUCGAUCCUGUUUCACUGCGGACUCGCUACACAAGUCGCGUCACCGCAUUCGUUCAGUCGGGUCGCCAAAGCAGCGGUGAUGAAGGCUGACAAGUGUAUGAAUGAAGUCGAAACAACAAGUGUACUUCGGAACUCUUCUCCACCGCUUCGUAGCCGGAGCAGACACGUGGAGUUCACUGGAAGGGAGAAUGGCGGGAAUGAUUUCUUGCAAUGCAACGGAACUCGUCUAACAAGUUCUCGUCAAGUCUAUGUGGAAUUCCUCGUUAAGUCUGAGUGGUCGAGUGAAUUUAUGAACGAGCUAUAG